AGAAGUUGCUUGAACGAAGAACAAGAGGUUUGACCAUUGCUCUAAGAUGAGACCCACCGACGGUCCAACUACCACCGUUCGGAUCUCUUUCUGUCCUCACCAAACUCACGGGCCCACAACCGCAUCCCGCCACCCCCCACCCCUCUCUCUCUCUCGUUCUGCGGUCGGUUAAUUUCCAAAGAUAAUUUGGUCAGGAUGACUGAGACUGGAUUUGACAAUACAACAUUAAAUGCUCCUAUGGUGGAUCCCGGACAACCUGCCCCUUUGACUUGGCAAAAGAAAAUAAAUGAUGAUGGGAAGGCAAAAUCAGAAUUUUCUCUAAACAUCCUAGACAAGCUCAUUUUGGCUCCCUUUAUUUUUCAAUUAGGCCGCCAUUACAUAGAAGAAACUGCAAAAGGACAGGUUGCACUAUACGACCCCUUUAAAAAGUGGAUGUCUGUGUCUUCUCUAGGCAUUCCCUUAGGUGGCAUCGGUGCAGGUAGUAUAGGAAGAAGUUUUAAAGGUUAUUUUCAACACUGGCAAUUGUUCCCCAACAUAUGUGAAGAAAAACCUGUUUUAGCAAAUCAGUUCUCUGUUUUUGUUUCACGCCCUAAUGGUCAAAAGUAUUCUACUGUACUGUCUCCAAGGAGCCCAGAGAUUAAAGAAAGUGAAAAUCCUGGCAUUGAAUCUUGGGACUGGAAUCUGAAUGGCCAGAACUGCACCUACCAUGCUCUGUAUCCAAGGUCCUGGACAGUGUAUGAUGGUGAACCAGAUACAGAACUCAAAAUAACAUGCCGUCAAAUUUCACCAGUGAUACCCCACAAUUAUCAACAAAGUAGCUUUCCUGUUGCAGUAUUUACAUUUACGCUAAUGAAUUUGGGGAAGACUCCUGCUGAAGUAACACUGCUUUUCACUUGGGCCAAUUCAGUGGGUGGAAACUCUGAAAUUUCUGGAAAUCAUUGCAAUUCCAAAAUGAAAGUACAAGAUGGUGUGCAUGGGGUACUUCUGCAUCACAGAACUGCAAAUGGACAGUCCCCAGUAACAUUUGCAAUAGCAGCUCAAGAGACAACUGAUGUUCAUGUUUCAGAGUGUCCUUAUUUUUUGAUAUCCGGGAAUUCCAAGGGGUUUACAGCAAGGGACAUGUGGGAUGAAAUUAAAAAGCAUGGAUCCUUCUGCCACCUUGAUUACAUGGACACACCAAUGCUGUCGGAGCCAGGAUCGUCUAUUGGAGCUGCUGUUGCAGCUUCGGUGACAGUACCAUCUCAAGCAAUUCGGACAGUUACAUUUUCUUUGGCAUGGGCUUGCCCAGAAGUAAAGUUUUCUAGUGGAAAGAUUUAUCACAGGCGCUACACAAAAUUUUAUGGCACUGAUGAAGACAAGGCAGCUGCAAAUCUUGUUCAUGAUGCUCUUAUCGAACAUCACCAUUGGGAGUCUCAAAUUGAAGAUUGGCAAAGACCCAUUCUGCAAGACAAUAGGCUUCCAGAAUGGUACCCAAUCACUUUAUUUAAUGAGCUCUAUUAUCUGAAUGCUGGAGGAUCAAUUUGGACAGAUGGAUUGCCUCCAUCACAGAGUUUGGCAGCAAUGGAGAAAAGGAAAUUUGCCCUAGAUAUGUCCAGUUCAGAAUAUAAAGAAAUGAAUGGUUUCAUCCCAAUAAACAAUACAGCUUCUGAUAUCCUUAACAGCUUGUCAUCGAUAACUAAGAAGUUAGAUUCUCGUAUUGCAUCAAGUGCUGCUCUCGGUACGUCAUUGCUUCAAGAAGGAGAGGAAAAUAUUGGUCAGUUUCUCUACCUUGAAGGGGUAGAGUAUCACAUGUGGAACACCUACGAUGUCCAUUUCUACUCAUCAUUUGCUAUGACCAUGCUAUUCCCCAAACUUGAACUUAGCAUCCAAAGAGACUUUGCAGCAGCGGUAAUGAUGCAUGAUCCUUCGGAGAAGAAAUUAUUUGGUGGCACGUUGGUCCCAAGAAAGGUUCUUGGUGCCGUUCCUCAUGAUCUUGGAACAAGGGACCCAUGGUUUGAAGUAAAUGCUUACAACAUGCACAACACAGAUAGGUGGAAAGACUUGAAUUCUAAGUUUGUUUUGCAAGUUUAUAGAGACACAGUUGCAACAGGUGACAAAUCCUUUGGUCGAGCUGUUUGGCCUUCUGUCUAUAUGGCAAUGGCUUACAUGGAUCAGUUCGACAAGGAUAAAGAUGGAAUGAUUGAAAAUGAAGGUUUCCCUGAUCAGACCUAUGACGUAUGGUCAGUUACUGGUGUGAGUGCUUAUACUGGGGGCCUCUGGGUGGCUGCUCUACAGGCUGCUUCAGCCAUGGCAGGUAUUGUUGGUGACCAAGCUUCUGAAGAUUAUUUUUGGAAUAGAUAUCAGAAAGCAAAAGUUGUAUAUGAAAAAUUAUGGAAUGGUUCUUACUUUGAAUAUGAUAAUAGUGGUGGAUCAAUAAGCUCAUCUAUUCAGGCUGACCAAUUGGCUGGACAAUGGUAUGCUAGAGCAUGUGGUCUUCUCCCAAUUGUUGAUGAGGACAAAGCACGAAGUGCAUUUGAAAAGAUUUUUAGCUUCAAUGUCUUAAAGAUGAAGGAUGGGAAGCGAGGAGCAAUUAACGGGAUGAGACCAGAUGGUACUGUUGACUUUUCAUCACUGCAGUCAAAGGAGGUAUGGUCUGGAGUGACAUAUGCUGUUGCAGCUGCAAUGAUCCAAGAAGGCAUGACAGAAACAGCUUUCAAAACUGCGCAAGGAAUAUACGAAACAGUCUGGUCUGAAGAAGGACUUGGGUACUCCUUUCAGACUCCUGAAGCAUGGAAUACAAAAGACGAGUACAGGUCUCUGCAAUAUAUGCGCCCUUUGGCCAUAUGGGCAAUGCAAUGGGCAUUAUCCCCACCAAAGCUCUGCAAGGACGAAUCAAGGACGGAUAGAAACAGAGAUUCGACCACUAUGAGCAAUGUGGAAUUCUCUAAAGUUGCUAAAUUUCUCAAGUUGCCAGAAAAGAAAAAUACUAAAAGGACACUUCAAGUCAUCUUUGACAUUGCUCGUCAGAAGCUAUGGACAUAAUAAUGAAUCAUCUAAAACUUCUUGCUUGGACAGGCAGAUGAAUUUAUUAUUUGAGACAUUUGAAAUUUGAUCGGAAUGUACUAAUAGAUUAUACAUGCAAAAACAGUAGUGAUUAUAAACAAAUAAAUGACUAUUGUCAGUUUAUAAUAGAGUUAUUGUUACUGUCA